AUGACGAGAGCCCUGAGUGCAGAUGUCUUCCAGGAUUUGUUCCUGUUAACCCAGCCUGCAAAAGCUUCCUUUGAGAUUUGGGGAGAAGAGAUCUCAACACUGAUUAAAGAAUAUUGCUUUCGUCAAGUUACAUACACACCCUCUUCAGAUGUAUUGAGCCCAAAGAGAUACCAUUCGUGGUCAUAUAAAAGAAUUCCUGGCAAUGGAAACACCAAAUAUUGUGAAGGUAUUGCUCCCCUGUCAUUUAGCUAUGCAGAUAUUGAAAAAAUGACUGAUUGUUUCAAAGAGGAGGUUGGUAGGGGAUCUUCAGGAAGAGUCUAUAAAGGGACUAUGGCCAAUCGUCAGAAGUUUGUAGCUGUGCAGAGAUUGGAGAAGGUUUUAUCUGAUGAGGAAAAAGAGUUCUUGACUGAGAUAAAAGUAAUUGGAAGGACUCAUCAUAGGAACCUUGUUCGUCUUAUAGGCUAUUCCUCUAACGGACCCAACAAGGUCUUGGUAUACGAGUAUAUGACAAAUGGAUCUCUAGCUGAUAUACUUUUCACACCUGAAAAGCAACCUAACUGGGUUGAAAGACUAGGUAUUGCUUGUCAAAUUGCUACAGGCAUUUUGUAUCUUCAUGAUGAGUGUGAGACUCAAAUCAUCCAUUGUGACAUAAAACCUCAAAAUAUUCUCAUAGACGAGAAUGGGUGUGCAAAAAUUUCUGAUUUCGGAUUGGCAAAGUUAUUGAAACCAGACCAAACUAACACCUUUACUGGAAUUAGAGGAACAAGAGGAUAUGUUGCACCGGAGUGGCAUCGAAAUAUGCCCAUUACAAUCAAAGCAGAUGUUUAUAGCUUUGGAGUUGUGUUACUAGAGAUCAUAUGUCGACGAAGAAGCAUGGACCAGAAUCUUCCACAGGAUCAAGUUAUUCUUGAAGAUUGGGUUUACCAAUGUUUUGAGACGGGUGAGCUGAGUCAAUUAGUAGAAGAUGAACAAGUGGAGCUCAAACAAUUGGAGAGAAUGAUUAAAGUUGCCCUUUGGUGUAUUCUUGAUGAACCAUCAUUGCGCCCAUCAAUGAAGAAAGUUUUACUCAUGUUGGAAGGGACUGUUGACAUUCCAAUUCCUCCAAAUCCUACUUCUUAUCUUAGCUGCAUCUAG